GCUCUAUUGAAAGAAGAAGAAGACUCAUAUAAAAUUAACUUCUCUGCAGAAAGCAAAAAGCAAAUAAAGAUGGCCAAGCUUAUCAUUAACUUCUCUGCUCUCUUGAUGAUCGUCUUGUUGGUUUCUAAUGGACUCCCAAAGGCGGAAGCCCAAACAUGCUUUAAAAAUGAAGCUCAGGAGGGUGUGUGUCUUCAAGUUGAGGGCGGAAGUUUGUGUGACCUUCUUUGCAAGACAAGCGACUUAACUUGGUUCGGGCUAUGUGAAUUGGAAGAGGACGAGAUUCACUGUCACUGCUACGGACCUUGUUAAGUAUAUCUGAUCAUCCGGACGCAAUACCAAAUAUGAAAGGUCUGAUAUGUGUGCUUUGCUUAUGGUCAAUGUCACACAUCUACAUGUGUACGUAUUCCAUGCUUGUGUGUGUGUGUUUUUAUGGCGUUCAAUAAAUUUGUAUCAACACCGUAAAUGUCGCUGGUGUACUCAAUCAAUGUAAUACAAAGAUUGAAUUUGAAUAUUAUAUGUUUGCUUUUGUUGUUCUCCUA